UAAUUUCCCUCCUUUGCAGAGAGAAGAGAGUUGCAGGUCCCUGCAGUCCCUGAUGCAGAGGAAGAGGUGAAGGGAGAAGGUGCUGCUGGGCCUCCUUCCACCACUUAAAAAAAAGGAGACAGAGGGGAAGUCGCUGAUGGAUGGAGCAAGAGCUCUGCCCAACACCUCCGACACUGCAGGUGGAUCUCCCAGCUCUGCUGAGACAUGGGAGGAGGAAAAGGAGUAUGUCACAGCUUCAGAGGACAAUGCAGAGCCCUCAGCUCAUCGUGGAGCUGGUGACUCUGCUGAAGUGGUUCCUCUGCUGAAGAAGGAAAUCCAACACCCCGGCUGUGAGGGAGCAAACCCAGGUGCUGAUGGAUGCACUGGUGCCAGUGGAGAUGCACCUGAAGGCAACAGGAAUUUGGCACACGUGGGGAAGGAAGCUGGCAGCCCGGAAGCAGAAAUGCUGAGCCUUGCAGAGCAGAGCAGCAUAGCCAGGGCCGCAGUCCCAAGGAACAAGGUGGGGGAUGGAACAGCCAGGGGUAAUGUGGAAUGGGGCAGCGGUGCCCUUGACCAGCUGCCAGCAGCCACAGCAGGUUCCCAGGCCUGGGGCAGCAGCAAGGAGCUGCUGUCAGCAGAGCAGGAAGCGAGUUCCUUUGGGCUGCCUCCUGCCAAGGAAGUCCCCCAAAGCAAGCCUGAAACCAAGACCUCCCCUGGGGCUCAGAGCCCGCAGGCUGGGAAGGAGCCCAGGCAGGAAGGGACCAGUUCCACUGUCAAGCAUGCAAACACAAAAGAGAAAAAUCUGACCCCAUGUGCGAAAAUGCCCAACAUGAGUGAGAAGACAAGUUGGAGCCAAGGAGCAGAGGCUGCCAGAAAGGAGGGUGCUGUGGCUGCAGCAGACAGCCCCAAGAACAAAAAGGAACAAAGGAACCAUAAACCUGUGGAAAAGGUUAAAGAAAGUUCUGUGAGCCGCAAUGAGGGUGUUACAGUGCAUUUCCAUGCAAUAUUAUCCAAAGACUUCAAGCUCAACCCCAGUACCCAUAAAGUGUUCAUCAGGGCUCAGGACAUCCCUUCCUAUGCUGACUGGAAGGACAACAUCUGUGAGUUGAACUGCACCCGGCAUCUGGGAGAACAUGGAUACCUCAUUGAAGGUGCUGUAACUCUCAGCAGAAAAAUCCUGGAUAAAUACAUUCCUUACAACUACUGGGUGACCUGUGGGAAUGGGGAGUAUGAGUUCAUUUACAAGAAUUCAGUAUCCCAUAAUCCUGUGAAUCGCUGCUUAUUGAUAAAGAGUGGACUCCUCCAAAAUGGAGAGUGGCACCAGUACGAUGACAUCGUGUGUGCAAAGCCUUACACGAAGAAAAACUUGCAUCAGAAAAUUAGUUCUGAUAAAUACAAAGAACUGGUGGAGGGGAAGAAAAUUGCCGCUGAUAUUAUGUUAGAAAGUAUCUUCAGCAUUCUUGGGACCUGGAGUCCUGGCAGUCUGAGGAAUUUCUUCUAUCAGCUGAGGCAGUUCCAUUAUGUUGCAGUAGGCCAGCGGGUGUUUGAUGGUGAGGCAAUGGUAUGGAAAGAGCUAAACUUCAGCACAGAGCAGGUAAUCCCUUCUCUUGCAGAGACAGAAAGCAUUCUGUUACUGCAAACAAACUUUAAUUUUGCUGUUGACUUCAUUGGGCGAAUUUUGCUUUUCCAGUCAAAGUUCAG